UCCUCCUCUGCCGGUGGGCGGAGCUUGAGUCUCAGUUGACUUCAGUAAGUUUGAGCCGCAGACCCGCAGCUGCCGCGUCUGUGAAUCAUGGCUCGCAGUGACGGCUGAGGAUCAGUGGCGUCUUUCACACACACACUUCUGACUGGAGUGUGUUCUUCCAGGUCCUGUAGUGGAUGGAGUGUGUCGUGUGUGUGUGGUCAUGGCCACCGGCUGCUCCAGGAGCGACUGCAGCAUUAGCACAGAGCUGCACGCCGUUGUUUCAUGUGCCAAACUCAAGAGGAAGAAGAACUGGUUCGGGACGGCCGUCUAUGUGGAAGUGACGUCAGACGGAGAGAGCCGGAAAACCGCCAAAUCCCACUGUGUGUCCAGCCCUAAGUGGGAGGAGCGGCUGACGCUGAAUAUAGCUCCACACGCACCGCUGGAGUUCCGGGUCUGGAGUCAUCACGCUCUCAAGGCAGACACACUGCUGGGUCGAGCCGCACUGGACCUGAUUGGGACACUCCGCAAACAUGACGGCAAAUUGGAGAAUGUGCGGGAGGUGCUGCCUCUGACUGCGGACGGGAAGCACGGCGUCGUGUCCACCGGAGAACUCACAGUGUUCCUGGAUGGGCUCUCGCUGGACCCGCAGCUCCUGCACAGCGCUAACACACCCACCGCCAGCAAAGUCCACCAGAAUGGAGACGCUCUUCAUGAGAACACAGACGACAGCUCUGCACGGCCUCAGCACAGGUCUGUGAAUGGCUCAGACGGAGCUGAGAAUGAAGCUCCGCCCACCUCCUCUGCCAGCAGUGAGUGCAGACCCUCCCCCCUCCUCAAUGGAGACAGAGACUCCUCCCCUUCACACCAGAGCCCCAGCCCUAAGGCCACACCCUCAGCACAGGCCCUGCCCUCAGGACAGGCCACGCCCCCAGAACCGGCCUCCAGCAGUGCAGCCGUGAACGGCGAGGCCAGUGAGUCGGCGUGUGCGGGUGAGAAUGCCGCGGCUGAUGCUCCCUGCAGCUCCUCUUCCUCUCCUGCAGGUGGAGCCGCCGCUGCACACACACUCUCUGCAGCGGACACACACACACCUGCUGCCCCCAGCACACCUGCACCUGACGGAGGAAAACCAGCACAGCAGCAGCCCACAGGCGGAGCGGAGCCACUGCCACCCGGCUGGGAGCAGAGGAAGGAUCCUCAUGGCAGGACGUAUUACGUGGAUCACAACACAAGAACGACAACCUGGGAGAGACCGCAGCCGCUGCCACUGGGCUGGGAGCGCAGGGUGGAUAACCGCGGCCGCAUCUAUUACGUGGACCACAACACGCGCACCACCACCUGGCAGCGGCCCACCAUGGAGUCCGUGCGCAACUUCGAGCAGUGGCAGUCUCAGCGCAGCCAGCUGCAGGGGGCCAUGCACCAGUUCAACCAGAGAUACCUGUACUCGGCCUCCAUGAUGUCCGCUGAGAAUGACCCUCUGGGGCCGCUGCCGCCCGGCUGGGAGCGCCGCGUGGACACCAAUGACCGCGUCUACUUCGUCAAUCAUAACACGAAGACCACGCAGUGGGAAGAUCCGCGCACACAGGGGCUCCAGAACGAGGACCCGCUCCCCGAGGGCUGGGAGAUCCGCUACACCCGUGAGGGCGUCCGCUACUUCGUGGACCACAACACCCGCACCACCACCUUCAGCGACCCGCGCACCGGCAAAUCCGCUGUCACUAAAGGUCCACAGAUUGCAUACGAGCGGAGCUUCAGAUGGAAACUGGCUCACUUCCGUUAUCUGUGUCAGUCCAACGCUCUGGCCAGCCAUGUAAAGAUCACGGUGUCCCGACAGACUCUGUUUGAGGACUCCUUCCAGCAGAUCAUGAACUUUAAGCCAUAUGACCUGCGGAGGCGUCUGUAUGUGAUCUUCAGAGGAGAGGAGGGACUGGACUACGGAGGCCUUGCACGGUAA